GGACGUCUUAGAUCUACCCAAGAUUUGAACGUUGUAUAGAUCUCAUUCAACGAAAUGCAAGAUUUAGUUUUAUGUGGUAUUCCCAAGGGAAUGGUCCAGGACCCACGGUGGGCCAUCGGGACCCGGCAAGUCGUCACCAUUGUCACUCUCGGCUCGUGCUAUGUAGUGACAAUUGAGGAUUUAAUGGCAAUGAAGUACAAGAUACUAAAUACCACCCAAAAGAAUAUGUACUUGGAGCCAAUAGAGAGAUGGAAGUAAAGUUAGUGAGUUAAUUUUUUUCGAUCGGAUUUUAGAUUGAAUGUUACAUUAGAGGGAGCUUUGUUCUCUUUUAGACAUUUCCUCCGUCUAACCCCUUGAAAGUACCUAUCCACCUAUUAGCUCUCUCAAUCCGAAUUUAGCAUCAUUACUCUUUUAUACACCUGACCAACUCACACCAAAUUUAGGAUCAAUUGGGCUACGGUACACUUCAUUCAAUCUGACUUUAGGAUAACUAAUCAAUUGAAUGAAAUGAAAACUCUCGUUUAGUGGAACCUUUAUUGGCACACGGGAAAAGUGGUAUUUUCCCUCAUCCCAACAGGCAGUGUCAGCUCCUCUGUCAAAUCCAGAGCCAUUUUCAGUAUGGUGUGUCAGUGGCGCCCCUCAAAAGCCAUUUUUCAAGGGUAUACGAUCGAUUUCGAUACCCUGCUAUGGGUCUCGUGGGAAUCUCAGCUAUCAAGGGCUAGCA